AUGGCGCAUCAACUGAUUCCGCUGGAUCAAGAAAAAUUGAGCUGUUCUAUCUGUCUGAAACUUCUAAAGAAUCCAGUCACUAUUCCAUGUGGGCACAGCUACUGCAUGACCUGUAUCAAAAACUGCUGGAAUGAGAAGGAAACCCACAGCUGUCCUCAGUGCAGGAAGACUUUCACACCACGGCUUGUCCUGGUGAAAAACACCAUUUUAUGUGAGCUAGUGGAAGACGUAAAGAAAGCAGGACUUCCAGCUACUUCAUCUGAUCAUGCCUAUGCUGGACCUGGAGAUGUGGCCUGUGAUUUCUGUUCUGGGAGGAAGCGGAAAGCCUCCAAGUCCUGCCUGAUGUGUAGAGCUUCUUAUUGUGAGCAUCACCUUCAGCCUCACUACAACGUAGCUCCAUUAAAGAAACACAAGCUCAUCAAUGAUGCUUCAAAGCUUCAGGACAACUUCUGCCCUCGCCAUGAUAAGGUGAUGGAGAUCUUCUGCCGCACUGAUCAGCAGUGUGUCUGUUAUCUCUGCUCAAUGGAUGAACACAAAGACCAUGUCACAGUGUCAGCUGCAACAGAAAGAGCUGAGAAACAGAAAGAUCUUGAAACAAAUCGAAAAAGUGUCCAACAGACAAUCCCGAACAGAGAGAAAGAUGUGAAGGUGCUUCAAGAGCAGGUGAAGGCUAUCAAUCUUUCUGCUGAUAAAGCUUUGAGGCAAUCUGAGAAGAUGUUCAAAGACUUGAUCAAUCUAAUUGAGAAAAAAAGCUCUGAGGUGAAGCAGCAGAUCAGAUCCAAGCAAAAAUUUGAACAGAACAGAGUCAAAGAGCUUCAGGAGAAAAUAGAGCAGGAGAUCAGAGAUCUGAGGAGGAGAGACACUGAACUGCAGCAGCUCUCACUGACUGAGGAUCACCUCCAUUUUCUGAAAAGCUACUCCUCACUGUCACAUCUGAGUGCAUCUACAAACAUACCCACCUACAACAAUCUUACUCUGCAGUACUUUGAGGAUGUGACUGCAUCUGUGUCACAGACCAGAGAUAAAGUGAAGGCUCUUCUCAGUGAUGAGUGGCCAAAAAUCUCAGUUGGAACGACCAAAGCAGAUAUUUUACUGCCUCAAGGAGAAUCCAAAACCAGAGACGAAUUUUUGAAAUAUUCUUGUCAGAUCACUCUCGAUCCAAAUACAGCACACACACUGUUGUCACUGAGUGACAGCAACAGAAAAGUGACACUGAUGAGUAGAAACCAGUCAUAUCCAAGUCAUCCAGACAAAUUCUUUGAUUGCUGGCAGGUCCUGAGCAGAGAGGGUCUGACUGGACACUGUUACUGGGAGGUGAAGUGCAACGGGACUGUUGGAGUAGCUGUUGCAUACAAGGAUAUCGGCCGUAGAGGGACCAGAGAGGAAUGUGGAUUUGGAUUGAAUGACAAAUCCUGGUCAUUAACAGUUUCAGGCAGCGGUUAUGAAUUCAAACACAACAACAUUCCCAGUCCCAUCCCAGGCCCUCUGUCCUCCAGAAUAGGAGUAUAUUUGGAUCACAGGGCAGGAACUCUUUCUUUCUACAGCAUCACUGAGACCAUGAAUCUCCUCCACAGAGUCCAGACCAGGUUCACUCAGUCUCUCUAUGUUGGACUGUGGCUUCCACAAAGUGCUGGACACACUGCUGAGGUGUGUGAGCUCAAGAAGAGAAUAAACAUAAAAUAG